AUGGCCUCCGACUCCGCCACAUCCAUCGCCACAGCUUUAAUCCACAACUACGGCUCCUCCUCCUCCCUACGUACCGGAAUCUUCGCCGCCUUCUCUGCUGUAGCAUGGUACAACGCUAUCGAACUGAUAGUGCUUUGUUUCUUCUCGUUCAAACGCUGGAAAGGCACCUACUUCUGGAGCCUACUCAUCUCCUCCGCGUGCAUCAUCACCCACUGCUUGGGAUUUAUUCUUCUGUUUUUCCCGACUGGCGUGACACCAUGGCUUUGUGUUACACUCAUCCUCAUCAGCUGGGUCGGCAUGGUUACCGGUCAAUCGGUGGUGCUCUGGUCACGGUUGCAUCUGGUCCUCCAAAAUACCAAGUUACUACGAGGUGUGCUUUACAUGAUCUGUGUCGAUGCUGUGUUAUUCCAUACCCCUGUGUUUGUGUUAUUGUACGGCACCGUUGCGCAUCCGAUUGGAGUCUUUGCCAACGGAUAUAGCGUAAUGGAACGGAUUCAGCUGGUUGGGUUCUGCGUGCAGGAGUUGAUUAUUUCCAGCAUCUACGUCUGGGAAACAGUCAAACUUCUACGGCUCAGACCAGAGGGUCGUCCGCAAGGAAUCCUGAAUCAGUUGCUGAUCAUCAAUCUCGUGAUCUUGCUCCUGGAUAUCGCGAUCGUGGUCAUCGAGUAUGUGGGCUACUAUGCCGUGCAGGUGAUGUUCAAACCUGUCGCGUAUAGUAUCAAACUGAAGCUUGAAUAUGCCAUUUUGGGGAGACUCGUUGCCGUUGCGCGCGGUGGCUAUGACAGCCAGGAAUUACCAUCGAGCAACCGUGAGAUCAGCGAGGUUAGCUCAUUCCCAUCGGACAGGGAUCCGCCUUCAAAUGUGGGGUCCAGGCGUACCAGUCGUCGACAGGACAGUCCGCCUUGGUUCUGGGAGGGGGCGUCGUCGACUCAUACUACUUCUAUUUCAUCCGGAGUUGUCAGAGAUCCCUAA